AUGAAGUACUCAUCGCUUUUGGUUGCGGUUAUCCUUUCUGUGGCGAUCGCAGAGAAGUAUGCAAUUAUUUUCGGAACGGCGAAAGGCUGGAGUAACUAUUCCAUUACCAGCGAACCUUGCCGUGCUUACACAUAUCUGAUCCGUGGAGGACUCAAGCCUGAAAACAUUAUUUAUAUGACAUACACUGACGACGUGACGUACAUACUCAAUCCUUUCAAGGGAAUGAUGUUUACUGAGCAAUCUGAAACGACUGACGGAGACUGGGCUAAGUAUGGUUGCUUCGAACAUGUCGACUAUACGAUUCCCAAUAUCAACCCUGAAGUGUUCAUUGCUAUUAUCAGCGGAGAUAAGGCAACCGUUCAGAACACUCUGGGCAUCGAGAACCCGAAGGUUCUGAAUGCCACUGAGAAUGAUACCGUCUUCACUUAUUUCAUCGACCACGGUGAACUGGCUCAGAUCUUCGUGGGUCCCAGCGUGGUGAGCGAGGAGCGCUUCAUCAACGCCCUCAAGGUGGCUCAUGACAAUCAUCUCUACGGCAAGUGGGUCUGGUUCAUGGAAGCUUGCCACGGCGGAUCGAUGUUCGCGAACCUACCUUCGGACUGGAACAUUUUCGCGAUGACCUCCGCUGACAAGGAUCACAUCGCGAAGAUGAGCGAGUGUCCUCCCGACGACAUGAUCGCGAAAAAGCACCUGAAGACCUGCAUGGGCGGGCUGUGGGACAACGUGUGGAUGGACUACUGGGCGGCGCACCCGUCGUGCACGAUCGGCGAGAUCGUGGACGCGACGAUGAAGGAAGUGGGCGAAGUGUCCGACCAGAACGUGUCGCAGUUCGGAGCCCUGGGCCUCCGCGACCUCCCUCUCUCCGAGUUCGUGGGCGAAAUGCCUCCGAGCCGGUCCUCAUCUAUUGAAUCAUCCAUUGAAUCAUCCUCUCAUUCAUCCAAGCGAUCGCACGGAACCCUCGUCGAUCGCCACGAGGUUCCUCUCCAUCUCGCCAAGUGGGCCGCUGUCCGCGCUGACGACGAUCGUGCCGAGGCGCUCGCGGAGUUCCAGCGCCUCCGCGUCGUCGCCGCGCGCCGCGAAGUCGAAGCCAUGCGGCUCGGCGUCGCUCUCCUCGGAGAGAAGGCCGCGCUGCGCGCCUGGGAGAACGGAGCCGAGGCGUACAACGUGGACUGCGUGCGGACGCUCGGAUUGGGACUGGAGGAGCACUGCGGAAGCACCAGGGACGCCAUGGGAACGCUGCAGCCCGGAGUGACCAAUCUGCUGAAGAGUGUGUGCCUGCCCGGUGUGCGUGCGCCGGAGGUGGACUGGGACGAGGUUUGCAUGUAGAGGGAAAGUGAAAAGGCUUUCAACUUGAUGUUGUUUGUU